CUUUCAUCUCGCGGCAACGUCAACAACAACCACAAACACACCCAUCCACAGCCAUGCCCAACGCCAAGCAGCCUAUCGAGUCCGAAUCAGAAAGUGAAGGCAGUGAGGAAGAGUACGAGGUGGAGGCGAUCCUGGGGCACCGAAAGACCAGAGGCAACAAACUGGAAUACCAUGUAUCCUGGAAGAACUACGGACCUACUCACAACUCUUGGGAGCCCGAGGCCAACGUGAUCCAUGCGGAAGAAUUGCUCAAAAUAUAUUGGGACACGCAAAAGAAAGCAGAGUCGAAAGAGCCGGAGCCGGCCCCCAAGAAACGCGGUCGUCCCUCGAAAGACAGCGUGCGUGCGAACUCAUCACGCGUCUCCACAUCCUUGGUAGCAAAAGAGGACAACGAGCCAGCCCCAAAACGUUCACGGACAUCAGCCGUCAAUGGCCGCAAGCGGGUAGUCAAGGGUUCAUCCGAAGAGCCGGAGGAGGAGGAGGAAACUGCGGCCGACGAUCCCGAAUAUGUCGACGAGUACACCGCAUACAUGAAGAUGAAGGACUGGGAGAAUGUUGUCGAGUCGGUGGAUACGAUAGACAUGGAUGAUGACGGCAAGAUUAUCGUGUUGGUCACCAUGAAGAAGGGGACGAAAUCGGUCAUACCGCGCGACCUGGCGUACGAGCGGUUCCCCUACAAGGUCCUCAAGUUCUACGAAAGUCAUCUCAAAUGGAGCACCACGCCUGAAGAUGUCUGAAUACCUUGAUUUUCCGGUGAUUGGGGUGUGAUGUUUUUCUUCUUUGGCUGGCUUGGAUAUGUAUCGUAGAUUGUACUACAGGCAUAAGGGUCGGCGUACUGUGCAGGCCAUUGGGGUGCAGAAGAGACGUGGACACAAUGACUUGCAUAGCGCUCGACAUCUUAUGACCAUUCCGGUCCAUCGUCUUUUCGGCUUGGCAAAAGUCACGAGUUGUUUCACUG